CACGACUUUUCCAUUUGUUGAUUCUUGAAUGGUUGGUUGAUGCACUAUUCCUCAGUUUGUGUUAAAAGAGAGCUGUCCUUUGUAUUUGUAACUUUCAGGCUUUCUUAGAGUGUUUUUAUCGGCGCUGUAGUUGUUUUCGAAAAAUGAAACACUGUGAUUCUGAGAAGCGACGUGAAGAAUGUUUGCAGACCGACGAACAGACAGAAAAGCAGUUCAUUUAUAUUCCGAACGAGUCAGAAAAUCUUCUGACGUCUGCAGAUACUUCGUUCGAGAAUCGUUUUCGAAGAAAGAGAACUACGGACCGCUCAGUAAUUUUAGUGACUUUGGCCUUUGCGGGGGUAGAGUGUACUUGGUCUAUAGUGAUUGCAAAAGCUACACCUUUGUUUCGAGAAAUGGGUGUGACUGACAUGUUUCUGUCCAUGUUCUGGUUAGUAGGUCCCAUUGGGGGUCUUGUUGUGCAGCCAGUAGUAGGAGUUUUAUCCGAUAGGUGUGAGAAUCCUUGGGGACGAAGGAGGCCUUUUAUAGUUGUUGGUGCUGCUUUUGAAGUUAUUGGAAUGUUUCUGUUGAUUUUUGCCGGAGAUCUUGGAAAGCCUUUUAAGAAACUUCAGUUGCAAAUGGGUUCAGAACAUUCCAACUAUGUCUCUGUCUUUCUUGCUUUUUUAGGUCUCACUUGUUUGAGUUUUGCUCACAAUGCUAUUCAGGGUCCUUCCAGAGCCUUAAUCACAGAUAUUGUUGAAACAGAGCGUCAGUUAGAGUUCGGCAACGCAAUGUUUGCCUUUUGGCUUGGAAUUGGCCAAGCAACAGGUUAUUUAGCUGGUUCAAUCGACUGGACAGAUUCUUUUUGGUUUGUGCAGAGACUUGAAAGUGAUAGCUGUCAUCAAACCUGUGUCAAUUUGAAGGUGACUGGCCUAGUUUCAAUAAUUAUGUUGCUUGUUUGUGUAGGCACCAGUUUAUACUUUGCUGAAGAGGAACCUCAAUGCAAUGUCCAUACCUUGCAGCAGUCAAACACUCCGAAUCCCUUAACAAUGGCCAUUAAGUUCUUGUUUCAUUUACCGAGUCCUAUUCAACGUGUUUGUAUGGUAAUAUUUUUUUCAUGGUUUGGUUAUUCUAUGAUCUUUAUUCAUAUUACGGACUGGGUUGGGAAAGACAUCAUGGAAAGUAAUAUUUGGGUAGAAGAUUCCUUGUAUGAUGAGGGAGUACGAGCGGGAACCAUAGGGUUGUUUUUCAAUUCUAUUAUUUCAGUUCUCGUAUCUGCUUUAGCACCGUGGCUCGUCAGCAGUUUAGGUCUGCGAACUUUGUGGUUCAUUGGGAAUGGUACUCUUAGUCUGUCUCUUUUAUCGACACCCUUUAUACACGACAAAUGGUUAGCUGUAUGUUUAAUAGCUUUUCUUGGUGUUCCUUGGGCAAUAACUAUGACGGUACCUUAUAGUCUCGCAUGUGUCUUUUCAAGUCAAUACGAUCGUGCUGUUGUACUUGGCAUUUUGAAUGUUUAUAUUGUUGUUCCAUUUUUAUUGUGUGCUCUCUUUGAUGGAGCUUUAAUGGUUGUUUUUGGAAGUGUUUCGGGAGCACUUGUGGUGGGCAGCUGUAUAUCGUUGCUAGGUUGUUAUUAUAUUAUUGAAAUACCUAUGGAAGAAAGCGGAACUCUGUUAAGCUCGACUCCUAGCUUACAUACAUUUCGUAGUCGUAUCCAGGAUUGGAUACCAACCUUAACCAAUCAUGCGUAACACGCAAUUGUAAGCAAGUGUUAUCGGAUAGUGAAUGUUUUUGGUAUUCCCAAAAGGCAUGUCUUCAUAUGUAACUUGUUAAGUAUAGUGUGCAGUAAAUGCCACUGUCCUGUAGCGCUGUAGCAAAUAAUGUUA